AUGGCGCUGGGAGUGCAAUCGAGUGGUGAUCGACAUCAGUCGUGGGGAAGGCAUUCAUGGUUCCGAGACUUCCGAGGACUGCCACAAUCGAAAAAUGUGUCCACUUCCGGGGAGGAUCGCGUGGUCGAAUGGGUGGACCCUUGCGAUCUGCGCUCGGUGGUCGAUCUCUCGCUGCCAGCCGAGGGUGUCAGUCACGAGGAGCUGCUGGAGCUGACGCGCGAUGUCAUCAAGUACAGCGUGAAGACGGGCCAUCCGCACUUCGUGAACCAGCUGUUCUCCGGCCUGGACCCGUACGGGCUGCUGGGCCAGUGGCUGACCGACGCGCUCAAUCCGUCCGUUUAUACUUACGAGGUGUCCCCGGUGUUCUCCCUGAUGGAGGAGGAUGUGCUGCGGGAGAUGCGAGCCAUCAUCGGCUGGCACGGCGGCGAGGGCCUCUUCUGUCCCGGCGGGUCCAUGGCGAACGGAUACGCCAUCAACCUGGCGCGUCACCAUAGAUACCCGAAUCUGAAGCAGUCCGGAUUAUCGCAGAUGCCGCGGCUGGUGGUGUUCACGUCGGAGGACGCGCACUAUUCCGUGAAGAAGCUCGCCGCGUUCCAGGGCAUCGGCUACGACAACGUAUACCUGGUCAAGGUCGACGCCCGCGGCAAGAUGGUGGUGUCCGACCUGGAGAUUCAGAUCGCCCGUGCCAUCGAGGAGGGCGCCGCGCCGCUCAUGGUGACCGCCACCGCGGGUACCACCGUGAUAGGCGCGUUCGACCCUCUGCGGGAGAUCGCGGAGGUCUGCAGGAAGCACGGACUCUGGUUCCACGUGGAUGCCGCGUGGGGAGGCGGCGCGCUCGUCUCCAGGACGUACCGCGGCCUCCUGGACGGCGUCGAGUUCGCCGACUCCGUCACAUGGAAUCCCCACAAGAUGCUCGCCGCGCCGCAGCAGUGCUCCACUUUGCUGCUCCGUCACGAAGGUCUGCUGCAAGCGGCGCACGGCUGCGGGGCGAGCUACCUGUUCCAGAACGACAAGUUCUACGACGCGUCGUUCGACUGCGGCGACCGGCACGUGCAGUGCGGCCGUCGCGCCGACGUCGUCAAGUUCUGGUACAUGUGGAAGGCCAAGGGCACGCGCGGCCUCGAGGCCCACGUUGACCGCGUGUUCGCGCUCUCGCGCCACUUCACCGAUCUCAUCAGGACGCGCGACGGCUGGAACUUGCUCGUCGAGCCGGAGUGCACCAACGUUUGCUUCCGCUACGUCCCGCCGUCGAAGAGGCACCUGGCCGGCCGGGAGCUCGAACGGGCGCUUCACAAGAUCGCGCCGAUGGUCAAGGAACGCAUGGCGCGAGCCGGAUCGAUGCUGAUUACGUACCAGACGCUGAGAGAUAUGCCGAACUUCUUCCGAUUGGUGCUGCAGAACUCGGGAUUGACAGAGGCUGACAUGAAGUUCUUCGUCGAGGAGAUAGAAAGGCUCGCUGCGGACCUUUGAUUAGUUUAAACUAGUGAAAUACUGUAAAUAGCGAUAUAGAAUGUGUAUGUAUUAUUAGCUUAAGAAUUAGUUGCACUUGUGGUAUAAAUCAACGUUAAUUGAAAGAAAA